AUGCCCAAUUGGUCGACAAAAGACAUUCCAAACUUGACUGGAAAGGUUGCCAUGGUUACCGGAGGAACACGUGGGAUCGGUCUGUACACAGCGAUCGGAUUGGCCUCGGCCGGAGCGGAGGUGACAAUUCUUGGAAGCAAUCUUGAACACGGGGAAAAUGCUGUGACAUUUCUUAAGGAAAAAGUUCCUUGCGCAAAAAUUACUUAUUCGCAAGUCGAUUUCGCAAGUCUGAAGGAAAUUGCGGAUUUUGCAAACAAAAGUGAAUCGGCCCGAGUUGUAAAUGUCUCGAGUUACUUCGCAUAUUACGCAAAUAUCCAUUUUGACGACAUUGAGUACGAGAAAGCCACGUGGUUUCUGCCCCAUCAGGUUUAUUCUCAAUCGAAACUGGCCAAUCUUGCCUUUACUGCGGAAUUGCAGAAGAGAAGUGACAUGAAGGUUGCCGUGGUUACCGGAGGAACACGUGGGAUCGGUCUACACACAGCGAUCGGAUUGGCCUCGGCCGGAGCGGAGGUGACAAUUCUUGGAAGCAAUUUUGAACAUGGGGAAAAUGCCGAGAUAUUUAUAAAAGACAAACUUCCAAGUGCAAAAAUUACUUAUACGCAAGUCGAUUUUGCAAGUCUCAAGGAAAUUGCGGAUUUUGCAAAGACGUUCAAUGAGAUGGGUGUUGCAUUGGAUAUUUUGGUGAAUAAUGCCGGAGUUUUCCCGCGCAAACCGUUACGGAAGACUUUCGAUGGUGUCGAAUCAACUUUUGGGAUCAAUCAUUUAGCCUCUUUCGCUUUGACGGCACAAUUACUUCCAUCACUACGCAAAAGUCCAUCACCUCGAGUUGUCAAUGUCUCGAAUUUCUUCGCAUAUUACGCAAAUAUCCACUUUGAUGACAUUGAGUACGAGAAAGCCACGUGGUUUCUGCCCCAUCAGGUUUAUUCUCAAUCCAAACUGGCCAAUCUUGCCUUUACUGCGGAAUUACAGAAGAGAAUUGACAUCAACGGGUGGGGUUUGACAGCCGUCUCCAUCAUGCCCGGCCUGGUUCGGACGAGCUUGGUCGAAACGGUGUUUGAUCGCUACCCUAUUUUCGGCCGUCUCAUCAACCAGGCAAUCCUUCCCUUGAUUUCGAACAGUGCGGAAAAGGGUGCCAAAUAUUCGCUAUUCGGAGCCACAUCUCCCGCCGUCUCGCCCGGCGGAUUGUAUGGUCCACCGGGUUCAUACGUCGCUAUCCGGGGCCCGGUCAGGCAAAUUACAAAACUUUUAACUUCAUUUGACCGAGAAUGCAUUUAA